UGUGACUGCCACCCCCUCUCCAGGGCCAGCUUUUCCCUACUGCCAUCACAAACCCUCCUGCUCUACUGGUCUCCCGGGGUUCCCAAGCGAUUGUGCCAUCAGACCCCUCCCAGAGGGGCCCCAGGAGAAGCAAGGGAGGGGAUAGCCAAGGGUCAGUCCAGCACUAAAGGACCCCCACCAAGGGCUGUUCACCUGCCCUGAGGACUAGCACACACAUGACUCACCCUCCUUGAGCUCAGUGUCCUGGCAGUACACGGGCACACUGAGCCCCCGAUGUCCUUGACCACUUGCCAGCACCUUCCGGCCUUGCAGAAUCAGCCACCAUGCCAGUCACUAAAUGCCCAAAAAAGUCGGAGCCACUGUGGAAGGAGUGGGACCGGAAGGCCCAGAAGAACGGACUGAGGCACCAUGUGUUCGCUGUGAAUGGUGACCACUAUGUGGGCGAGUGGAAGGACAACAUGAAACAUGGGAAAGGAACACAGGUCUGGAAGAAGAAAGGAGCCAUCUAUGAGGGAGACUGGAAGUUUGGGAAGCGGGAUGGCUAUGGCACGCUCAGCCUUCCUGACCAGGAGACUGGAAAGUACAAGAAAGUCUACUCAGGGUGGUGGAAAGACAAUAAGAAAUGGGGCUAUGGGAUCCAGUUUUUCGAACCCGAGGAGUAUUACGAGGGUGAGUGGUGUGGCAACCAUCGCAGCGGGUGGGGCCGCAUGUACUACAGCAACGGCGACAUCUACGAGGGCCAGUGGAAGAACGACAAGCCCAACGGGGAGGGCAUGUUGCGCCUGAAGAACGGGAACCGCUAUGAGGGCCGCUGGGAGCGAGGCAUGAAGAACGGGUCGGGACGUUUCUUCCACCUGGACCACGGGCAGCUGUUCGAAGGCUUCUGGGUGGACGACGUGGCCAAAUGCGGCACGAUGAUCGACUUUGGCCGCGAUGAGGCCCCUCAGCCCACCCAGUUCCCCAUUCCUGAGGUCAAAAUUCUAGACCCUGAUGGCGUACUGCGGGAGGCCUUGGCCAUGUUCAAGAAGACAAAGGAAGAAGGAGACUGACGGCGGGCAAGGGGAGAGAACACCAAGGCUUCAGGAGAAACGCAAGCCCAUGUCACCCAACCGCUCAGACCGGUGCAGCUCCCAAGGGAGGAAUGAGCAGUAGCUCUGGGCACACCCUUGGCACCCUGAGAGGGUACCUUGCUCCCCCCAGUGCUGGAUCAUUCUUGGCCAACAGAGGGGCCAGUGCUUCUUUCCUAGGCUGGCCUCAGGGACCCUCUUGCUGUGGCCUUAGUCCCAUGAUCUCAUCCCAGAGUGCAUGAGAAUAAAGGAGAACCAGGUGACGUGA